AUGGCUUGGAAGCGUUUGAUGACUAUUACAAGGCUUCAAUCAGAAUUUGGAAUGGUCAAGAACUUGUUGGCUAGAAGCUAUUUGUCCAUUAAUAAGUUUGAUUGCUUUACAGGGAAUAAAAGGCUUUUCUACUCCCAUGAGAGAUUCCAAUCAAGCUAUGUUGGUAUAAAAUCGAAUGAAGAAGUGCAGCCCAAUGUGGAGUACUCAAGUACUAAAUUUAGUGAUAUAAUUGGUAUUGAUGAGGCAAAGGCAAAACUAAAAGAAAUUGUUCACUACCUCCGAGAUCCUAAGUUCUUCACUCAUCUUGGUGGGAAGUUCCCAAAGGGUUUUUUCCUUGUUGGCCCGCCGAGCACGGGUAAAACGAUGUUGGCAAGAGCUGUUGCUGGCGAGGUUGGGGUUCCUUUCUUCUCAUGUAGUGGAAGUGAAUUUAAAGAUAAGUUCGCUGGCGCAAGAAGGAUGAGUGAUCUUUUUGCUGCUGCGAAAAAGCAGUCACCUUGUAUAAUCUUCAUUGAUGCUAUUGAUGCUAUUGGAGCAGGUCAAAAUCAGUUGCUUGUUGAGAUUGAUGGAGUCAAGGAAAAUGAUGGGAUAAUUGUGAUUGCAGCUACUAAUGUUCCAGAGUCAAUAGAUGAGGCUUUGCUGAGGCCUGGACGAUUUGAUCGCUAUGCCAUUGUUUCCAAACCUGAUGUAGAAGCAAGGCGACAGAUUUUGGAAUCUCACAUGUCAAAGUUUCUCAAGGCUGAUGAUGUCGAUUUAAUGAUCAUUGCUAAAAAAACAAAUGGGUUCUCUGGUGCUGACCUUGCAAAGGAUGGUGCCAAAGUUGUGACCAUGAACAAUUUAGAGUUUGCGAGGUGGGACGAGAUUAUGAAGGACGAGAGAAGUGAACACCAUGGCAACCAAUCAGAUGGUUACGGCCCGAGUAUCAGUAGACAUACCCGCUCAUCUGUGCUUACCAGUUAUGCGUAUGGCUACGAGCCGAGUAUCGGUAGACAUACUAGACAUACCAGCCCAUCGGUGCAUACCAGUUAUACAUAUGGUUACAAGCCGGAAAUUAGUAGCUAUACCGGUGUCACCAGUCCAUCGGUGCUGCUUACUGGUUAUAUGUAUGACUAG